UUAUGAUCACAGUUUCAGCAAAACAGAGGUGAAAAAAAGGAGAGAAAUGGAAUCUUCAAAUCUCACUUCACUACCUGAAGAAACCCUAGACAUAGAAGACGAACAGCAGCAGCAAGAAAAUCAAAUGAAUCGACCAGUCUCUGCCUUUUCUUCCGUCCCGACUCGCCCUCCUACAAAGAGUUCUUUAAAAAAGUAUGUUCCUUUAGAGUGGACAGAAUUCUUUGACAAGGAGGAAGAUGUCUGCAUUCCGGGCUCCGAUGAUGUAUUUCAUGUAUACAUGGCAGGGACAGAGGGCCCGGUUGUUUUUUGUUUACACGGAGGCGGUUAUUCUGGGCUUUCAUUUGCACUCUCAACAAGUAAAAUUAAGGAGAAAGCUCGGGUGGUUGCGAUGGACUUGAGAGGACAUGGAAAGACAUCGACCGAAAAUGAGCUUGAUCUAUCUGUCGAGACUAUGUGUAAUGAUGUGUUAGCUGUAUUGAAGGCAAUGUAUGGAGAUUCUCCUCCUGCAAUUGUGCUUGUUGGCCACAGCAUGGGUGGUUCAGUUGCUGUGCAUGUUGCUGCAAAAAAAGCAUUACCUAGCUUGGCUGGACUGGUUGUUGUUGAUGUCGUGGAGGGAACAGCUAUGGCUUCAUUGGCUCACAUGCAGAAACUUUUAUCAAGUAGGAUGCAGCAUUUUUCUAGCAUGGAAAAAGCGAUAGAAUGGAGUGUCAGGGGAGGUUCAUUAAGAAACAUCGAUUCUGCUCGUGUAUCUGUGCCAACCACAUUGAAGUACAAUGAUUCAAAGAAAUGUUAUGUUUAUAGAACCCGUCUGGAGGAAACAGAACAAUAUUGGAGAGGAUGGUAUGAAGGCCUUUCAGAUAAAUUUCUAUCAUGUCCCGUUCCCAAGCUCUUGCUUUUAGCAGGAACAGACAGACUGGACAGAUCUCUUACAAUUGGGCAAAUGCAAGGGAAGUUCCAAAUGGUUGUUGUCAGACAUACUGGGCAUGCUAUACAGGAAGACGUACCUGAUGAAUUUGCGACCCUGAUAAUUAAUUUUAUAUCCCGUAACCGUAUAGGGCCUCACGGGAUCGUGAUUCCCGGACUCCGUCGACCAGUACAACCAGUACAACCGCAACAAUGAAUCAAUUGCUGGAUUAAUCAAGAAUUUAAAAGCUCCAUAUACUGGCGAUGGACCAAUGAAGUUUACAGGCAACGAUUCCCUUUGAGAUAAAUAUGCUGAUAUGCGUCAUGCAUGGAUGUAAUCUUGUCUCUUCUGAGUGUAAGAAAAUCACAUUUUAAUUUUCUGCUUAAACCCUUAUAGAGCCAUCGUGUUGGUCUGCUCUUACGUUAGAGAAAAGAUUUCGUUUAGUGCUUUUAUAACAUAUUUUUGUAACUUUUUUUUAUUUUAUUUUAAGAUUGCUCUAUUUUAUUUCCUCCUA